AUGCAAUUGAAUGGUGAGUUAAGAAGGGAUGAAUACCUUUCGGUACAACACAUUCUCAAUCUAGCAAAACACAAUAAAUUGCUUGAUUGUGACUGGACUGUGGAUGAACUGAAAUCAUUGGUUAUACUUCAAGAGGAGGGAUUCAUACUCGACUCAGAUUGCCCAUUCACAUAUGAACUUCGUGAUCCUGCAUCUUACCUAACUGAUUCUACGUGUCAGUUUAGAGCUCCCAACAUUGAAGUUCUGCUAGUCGAAGACGAUGUUAAAGUUGAAUCCAUGCUUCCUUUGAUUUUGGCAGAACUUGAAGAUGGACCAUUGGCUUGCUUAGUGCUAAUGUAUCCAUCUUACAGUUCCAAAUCGAAGAAAAUUGAUCACCUAUACAAGCCUACAUCAGCGGAAUUUGAAGCAUAUGAAGAGGAUAGGAUUAAUGAUGUUGACUGCGCUAUUGAGUUGCACACGAUAUUCUUAUUAGGUGAUGGGGUUGACAGAUAUGGGAGGCAUUAUCUGGAAUUUCAAGACUCGCUAGGGGAUAUUGAUAUCGGAGAUCGUGGAUUCAUUCGUGUUGCUGCUGAACUCAACUAUGUGCAAGAAUUUCGUUGUGGUCUACAAUUCUAUUAA